AUGCCCGACAAGGUCAAUAGGAGGAAGUCGCAGAGGUGGGUUUCAGUUUCGAAGGGCAACUACGACGGUGCGGACUGGGAUAGCGACUACUCUGGAGAGGAGCUCGAGUCAUCGCCGACGCGGCAGCACGAGACAAUCUGCAAGCUGCCGGAGCUGCCGAAGCUGAACCUGGGAGGCAGCACGGAAGAGAGAGGGCGGCCGGGCAGCGGCGACGGUCUGGCGCCGCGGGGCGCAGCGGAAGAGGAAGCGGCCAGCAGCGGACGUGGGGCGGCGACGCCGGCUCAUGAGGUGCAGACGCCGCGGAGCGGCGCCGCCGCACAGAAGUUCUCGCUCACGUCGUCGAGCCGCUCUGUGUCGUCGAUGAACAAGGAAUUGGAUACCCUCAUGGACGAAAUAUCGAAAGAGAUGACUGCGGGCGGGUCCGAGCCUCCGCUUGUGGAAACACGCCAGUCGCCGGUAGACUUUAAUCGCGUAGGAGUUCCCGCUCUGAAGCCGGAGGGCCAUCUCGCGGACGACAGCUCGGACAGCGACGGGGAGGACGCCGCCGGCGGGAGUUCACUGUCACAGAGCUUCGAGCAUUUGAACAUGUCGUUGAAGACAGACACUGCAUCUGGCCAAGCAAUGCCUCUAUCUUCGCCGCGCGGGAGCAGUGCUCUCCCCGCCGGCCGCGACUCCCUUGCGCUCAAGAAAGGCGCGAGUCCCGACCGCGCGAGCGAAGGUUCAUUAAGUAGCCGUUCCGAGGACCUACUGGCCGUGGAUCGCACAGCCGGUGAGAAUACAAGGCUAAAGACCACCAAUUCAAGUGACGAUGAUACCGACAGCCUCCCUGAACUUAUAACGAGCGAUGCCAAGUUCAGAGCCGAUGGGGCUUCCGGCCCUGCCCGUGUAGUCAGCUCGGGAGUAGAGACGGUUAUACACAGGGCGAUCGCUCCCGAGGUUGCGCCAAGGUUGCGUAUAACUUCCAAGACAGACUUAUCUUAUAGAUAUGAUACUUCUUCUGAAGAUGACAGUGAGGCAUACAGCGGUAUCGAGGAUGACUACCUUUCAUAUCAGCCAUCUCCAAAUAUUUCAGAUGCGGCAACAUUCCAUGGACAUAGAAGCAGAACAGGCAGCCCGGCUAGGGCGCCCCAUCCCCUUGUCGAGCAAGAGGAACAUAUUGAGCUACCAGUUAUCUCUGACGACGACAGCACGUCGAAAUCGUCCGUUCGGGAUAAUUAUUACAGCGAGGAAAGUGACAACACUACAUCCCAGGCACUAGUUACGCAGGAUAAUUCCUCGCACGACACUAUUCACGACACUAUCCGUGAAAGAAGUUUUGAUAAAAGCACUUCUGGAUCGGUAACACAUUCGAUACCAGUUAUUAAAGACGAUAAUGAAGAUUGGCAAAACCAGUUAAGGCAGCAAUCAGUACAUCUGGGUGCUUGGAACCCUGAUACCGAAGGCAAACGGGGAGCUUUUCUAACACAAGCAUCUCCGAUGUCUACCAACAAAGGCAUGUGCGGUUCUCAGGACGAAGAAACGACAGGCGAUGACCAACAGCUUGCAGAACCCUGCAACGAUGAUUCUGAUAGUGUUUGGGAGGGCUUUCCAAGCGUAGGUGAAUACGAAGAUUUACAAUCGGUCGCCGACAUUAAAACCAUUUAUGACAACCAGACAUUGUACAAUGUACCUGGAAUUAUAACUUCAAGUACUAGUGUUCCACCUCUUCCUAGUAGUAUGUCCGAGUUGACUAGUAGACAGGAUACGAGUAUCUUGUCAGAAAGUACCUCCGGAAGUGGAUUGGAUUCCGAUUCCUUGAUGAGAGUUGUUGAAGGACAACGCCAUGCUCCAAAACCAUCGAUGUUCAAGGAAAACUUUGGUCAGACACCAGAAGUCCAAGUUGAACAUCUAGUUAAUAGCCCGGUGCCUUCAUUGGAUAUUUGUGCGUUGAUUGAAGGCCCACAGUCGCAUUCUUUUAAGCGAGACAAGCUUAACAGCCAUAUUGAGGAUCUCAACGCUUACAGCAGUGGGGCACAGACCUGGAUAAAGUAUGCGUUAAAAUCUACUCAAUCCUCUUCCAAUAUAACUUUUGAUGAGUAUGUCAUCAGUAAGCAUGUACAAGAUGCUUAUGCACAAGCUGAGGAGGUGAGUAAGAAACAUAGCGUGACAAACGCUGUAAACCAGAAUGUCUCACAAUUAAGAAAGAAGGUGUUCUCUCAUAGCAUGAAAGAAGGUGCAAAAGGUCUACUUUCAUCCAUAGGCAAAAAGAAACUGUGA